AUGCGCUUCUCCGUUAUCGCAACCAUCGCUACCCUUAGCGCUACUGUUCUCGGCCAGGGCAACCUUGCCAACAUCCCCCAGUGCGCCCAAUCAUGCUUCGGCACUGACAACCUCGGCAGCUGUAGUCUUAUCGAUGUUGCCUGCAUUUGUGGUAGCUCAGCUAUCACACAAGUUGCUUGCUGCGUUCUGUCCUCCUGCAGUGCCUCCGACAUCCAGACUACCAUCUCCUUCGCCACAACUCUCUGCAAGGGAGCCGGCGUGACCCUGAACUCCAACCCCGACUGCGGCGCGGCGAACUCGAGUGCUUCUUCCUCUGCUUCUGCUUCUGCUUCUGCUGCAGCAUCGAGCUCAGCCUCAGCAUCGAGCUCAGCUUCACUGACCGGUAUCUCUGGAACCAACACCCCAUCUGGCAGCGCAACUCGCUCUGCAUCUGGCACUGCAUCUGGCAGCGCAGCAGCAACUGCUGCCACUGGUGCUGGUUCUUUCCAAACUACCGGCCCUGUUCUUGGUCUCGGUGUGGCAGUCGUCGGCAUGCUCGCUGCUUUGUAG